AUGGCGGAAGGGAGCGACGAUCCCUUCCCCGAGGGCCUCCUCGCCCACGCGGAGCUUCAGCUCCGGCGGGCGUACGAACACUCGGCGUUCGAGCGCGCGCGGGAGGUUGCCGACCGCACCGGCGGCGGCGGCGCCGCGUCCACCUCCGAUGGCCCCGCCGACGUCGCGGCGUUGGACCCUCCGUCGCCAAAUGACGGCAUCGUCGCCGCGCUCGACGCGCUCCGUCGGAUCGCCGUCGAGUCCGCGGCGCGCGCCGGCGCGCACGCGAACGAGGGCAAGGAUGACGCCGCCGACGCCAAACGUCGACGAAAGGGCGAGGCGGGGACGGCGGAGGCGGGCGGGAGCGACGGCGGGGGGGACGCGACGAGGCGCGGGAGACAUCGCCAUCUCGCCAAGAGCGCCCCCGCGAGGUUCAACCGCGACGUGCGCUCCCUGACGACCGCACUGCGCGGGGACUGGACCACUGCGUACGAGCUGAUCGUGGCGAGGACGAUCGACGCGUCGCGCGCGGUGGCGCGAGCGGAGUCGCACGCGGCGCGCAGCGCGUGGAGGAGAGAAACCAUCGUCUCGCGACACCGCGAGCUCCGAGCGACGGUGGCGGCGAGUGGGAGUCGCCCACCGCCCGGUGAGUCACCGCCCGGUGAGUCACCGCCGGUGAGCGACGCGGACGCGCGUUGGCGACUCGCCGUCUCCUCCGGGGGGCUCGAGGCGUACGCGGAGGCUGCGGAGGAGGUGGGUAACCGCGCGUGGGUGGUGGACGCCCUUCGAUGGUGCGCGGGGACGGCGAUGGAUUUCAUCCUCGGCGGCGGCGCGGAAUCCUUCGCCGUCAGGUCCGCGCGUCGAUCGCACUACGAGAGUUUAGGAACGAGGAUGUCGGACGAGGAGGAGGCGACGAUGCGCGCGGCGCUGCGCGAUCGAUGGCAUCGAAGGGCGCCGGUGCGCGGUGACUCACCGGUCGGCGGUGACUCACUCACGGGUGAUAAACCGACGCUGAUCGACGUCGGGUCGUGCUGGGACUACUUCCGUCGGCACGAGGACGUCUUCGACGUGCUCGCGCUCGACCUCGAGCCCAGGCGCCCGACCGUGCUCCGCUGCGACUUUCUGAACGUGCGGAUCGGCGACCCCGGGCUGGAGGAUGCUGACGUGGACGCUGGCGUGGACGCUGACGUGGACGGUGCGCUGCGUUUCCUGCCGCGGAACGCGGCGGGCGCGGUGGUGAUGUCUCUGGUGUUAUCGUACGUGCCGACGCCGAGGCAACGCGGGGAGAUGGUGCGUCGCGCGAGGGAGGUUUUGAUGGACGACGGCCGCGGCGUGCUCCUGAUCGUGACCCCGCACUCCACCGAUAAAGGUCACUGCGCGCACAAGGCUCUUCCCGUGCUGAAGGAGUGGAGAGCGUCGAUCGAGUCGAUGGGCUUUGAGCGGGUCAAGUACGAGCGGGCUCGAAGCGUGCACUGCCUCGCGUUCAGGACCGUCGGGGAGGGACCGGGGACGAAAAAGGCGGGCGAGGCGCCGCCCGUGCGCAUAGCCUUCGAUGGACCGGACUGGGAGACCAAGUCGUGA